CAACAAGAUCAACAGCAUUUCAAAAUGAAUUCCACAGCAGGAUUUUUUUAUGAUCAUAUUGUUAUGUUAUAUACUCAUUUGGUUAACCAAUGUGUGCCCGAAUACUUUAAGGAUUUCGAAUAUACCCCCUGGGUAUUUUCACUGCUGGGUUCAGUAGUUAUAGGUUUAAGUGGCAUACUGCCACUGCUUAUAAUACCAACAGAUGAGAAAUUAAACAAACAAGGAUACAAAGAUCCUGGUGAAUCAAAGUUCCUAAGAGUUUUACUUAGCUUUGCUGUGGGCGGUCUUUUGGGUGAUGUUUUUCUGCAUUUAUUACCGGAGGCCUGGAAAGGUGACAAUGAAAAAUCAACUUCGUCUGGUGAUUACACCCUAAACUCUGGCCUUUGGGUUCUUUCGGGUAUAUUAAUUUUCACAAUAGUCGAGAAAAUUUUCUCCGGCUAUACCAAUGCCGAUGAAGAUCAGCCAAAGAAGGUGACUGGUUAUUUGAAUCUUGUUGCAAAUUCCAUAGAUAAUUUUACGCAUGGCUUGGCAGUGGCUGGUCCAUUUUUGGUCUCAUUUCGUCAUGGAGUUUUUGCUACAUUUGCCAUAUUGUUGCAUGAAAUUCCCCAUGAAGUUGGUGAUUUUGCAAUUUUAUUACGUUCCGGCUUCAGUCGAUCGGAUGCAGCAUGGGAUCAAUUGUUAACAGCUAGUGCUGGUCUUUUGGGUGCUUUAGUAGCUAUUGGUGGUUCUGGUAUUACUUCUGCCAUGGAAGCUCGUACCUCCUGGAUUAUGCCAUUUACCGCUGGUGGAUUUUUACACAUAGCACUGGUUACAGUAUUACCGGAUUUAUUGCAAGAAAACAAUCGCCUUGAAUCGAUUAAACAAUUCUUGGCUUUGAUAGCCGGCAUAGCCGUAAUGGCCGUGAUGACCAUACUCUUCGAACACUAAAACUUACAAACAUUUAAACAAAAUAACUAGAAAUUUAAACUAUAAUAAUGAUUU